CUUAGAAAUAAACUUGUACAUCCGUGUAUAGAUACAUUGAAAUGGUAUAGAGGGCCCUUAAUAAGUAGGUAUUUCCGUUCUUCCUCUUAGAGGGAGACAAAAAAAAUAGCUAUUGCAUUGUUUUUCUCUAUUCCGGAUAUGAUUAUUGAAAAUGUUUAUAGUUAAUCAGAGACUUAUCAGAUUUGGUUACUCUUUUGGACAUAGAAGUUGUGAGAAAUGUCUGCGGUGAAUGUAAUCGUUUUCUGCAGUGGAAUCCUAUUGAUACUUUCAGCCAAACAGAUUUCUACGGCCCAAUGUGAUAUCACCAAAGGAGAUUGCGUCGCAGAUUAUAAGAGGAAAUAUUGUAACAGUACUUGCUUCAGAAAACCUGGCAGUUGUAAAGGUCAUGAUGGAGUUGACUUGUUUGGUAAAAACCAGAAAUACCAAUGUCACUGUAAACACCUUAGUGACUGUCAGUUCCAAAUCCGUAGUAAAUGUAAAAAUGGAUGCUUACCUGGAUAUAAAAAGCCAUAUUGUCAAAAACGAACAUAUCAUGAAUUCAUAAAGAACGAGUCGAAGACGCAUUCCUAUUUAUUUUCCUCUGAUAACAAACAUGCAGUGAAACGCCUAAUAAGAAUAUUCUUCAGAAACACAUACAGAUUUAGUACUGUAGAAAUUUACAGUAAUUUUACAGAUUCAAAAAUGAACGUUAUCUAUCCACAAGGAAUGGAAUGCUAUCUAAAACCAAACACAAAUAGAACAAUUUGUACCGGUGACGUAAAGAGUUCUGUAUUGUAUAUUGUUGGGAAAGCUGGAGUUUAUCAUAUUAAGUUAUUUGGAUGUCCACCACAAUUGUAUGGUAAAGACUGUAUCAAUGAAUGUCAUUGUUCUCGAGCGGAAUAUUGUCACCAAAUUACUGGAAAGUGUAAACGUGGUGGCUGCGAAGAUGGAUGGUAUGGAGAGAAGUGUGACAAGCGAACAUACGUUAAUAUUGCUGAAGGUAAACAAACAAAUCAAUCAAGUACUUAUGGAGAGUCAGGAAAACGUGUUUUCUAUAAUGGAACAUGUAUUGACAGGAAUGAAGGCAUGACAUCCGACAAGGCGGUUGACGGCAAUUUUGAUCCUGGAGUCACACAUAAAUCAUGUGCACAUACUGAGAAGGAAAGAAACCCAUAUUGGCAAGUGACGUUUGAUAAGCCAUACAAGAUAUCUCAACUGAGAAUAUACACUCGAAAAGGAAACCGUGAGAGGCUGAGAGGAUUUAAAGUUUUUGUGGGAUCAUCACUUUGUUUCCAAAGUUACUAUAUUGGAUACAAUAACAGUGUCAUUUAUAUUAAAUGUAGAAAUCCACUCACUGCAAAUUCAGUCAGGAUAUCGUUAGAUGGAGGUUGGAGAAUGCUUACUCUUUGUGAAGUGGAAGUAUUACAAUGUGUUCCUGGAUUCUAUGGAGAUAUGUGUAAGGAACACAGUUGUGAACUCUGUGAAGGCGCUAAAUGUGAUGAAGUCACGGGACGCUGUGAGGAAGGUUGCAUCAUAGGAUAUUACGUGCCCCUUCGUUACCAGAAGUGUAAAGAAUGUCUCAGCGGUAAUUUUGGUCGCAAUUGCACAAAGUCCUGCCAUUGUUCCCAAAAAUGUAACCACAUAAAUGGAUCGUGUCCAGGUGACUGUCAUGCAGGAUACACCGGAUCCAACUGCCAAGAAGAAUGUAAAGAUGGUAGAUUUGGUAGCAAUUGUAGAGGGACAUGUCAUUGUAUAAACAACAAAAAGUGCGACAGAAGAAAUGGAAAAUGCUCAGAUGGAUGUUCUGCUGGAUAUAGAGGCACCUUUUGUCAACAAAAAUGUGAAGUUGGUAGAUUUGGUAGCAAUUGUACAGGAACAUGUCAUUGUAUAAACAAGAAAAAGUGCGACAGAAUAACUGGAAAAUGCUCAGAUGGAUGUUCUGCUGGAUAUACAGGAUCCUUUUGUCAAAAAAAAUGUCCCAUCGGUAAAUUUGGUCGCAAUUGCGCAAAGAAAUGUCAUUGUCACGCAACAUGUAAUCACAUAAAUGGAUCGUGUCCAGGUGACUGUAAUGCAGGAUACACCGAAUACAACUGCCAAGAAGAAUGUGAAGCUGGUAGAUUUGGUAAGAAUUGUAGAGGGACAUGUCAUUGUAUCGACAACGAAAACUGCGACAGAAUAACUGGAGAAUGCUCAGAUGGAUGUUCUGCUGGAUAUAAAGGCUACUAUUGUCAACAAAGUAUGAUACGAAACUAUAAUACAUUUCAUAAAAAUAUGUUUAAAUCUCUGUAUCUGAUUCUUACUUUAUCUCAUUAACGUGGUAAUUGAGACGGG